ACCAGUGGCCGGUCAGUUUGUCUGUGCACAGCGCUACUACUUCUGGUGGACAGUGGUGGAAGUGCAGGCUCGUGUCUUUACGGUAGGGUACCGCGUCAUCAUCAUAUCUAGUGCCAUAGAGGAGCAUCUACCACGUUGAAGACAUGCUCACUCGGGCUGCCGGUGAAGACAUGCUCACUCGGGCUGCCGGUGCUAAUGACUCAGCGUUCACAUGCAAAGAAAGAAAAGAAAGCUCAUUGCCUUUGCACCUUAAUAGCCUGUAGUUGCAGUAGUACUAAGACAGAAGAGAAUUGAUGCUAUAUAUAUAUCUAUAUAUGCAUUUCAAUAUUUAUUGUCAUAAAAAAAUAUGUAUUAUUGAAGAAUCAUGGAUCAGUUUCGUGGUUUGUUUGUGAAACUAGACAAGAAUAACGACGGGUCUAUAUCAGUGGAAGAACUUCACAAUGAGAUGAAAAAAACUGGAAUUCUGGCUGCAGAUCAGAAGGCUCAGAUUAUCGUUAAUAACUAUGACCGAAACAAGGAUGGACGUUUAGAUUAUGACGAGUUCCUAAGAUAUAUGAGGGACAGAGAGAAGAAGUGGAGAAUUCACUUUAAUGCCCUUGACAAGAAUGAAUGCGGGGUCAUUGGCCAGGAGGAAAUCAUAGAUCUGUUUAAGGAGUUGGGAGUGAACAUAUCAAAGCCGAAUGCAAAAAGAAUAAUACAAAUGAUGGAUGAGGACAGUUCUAUGACCGUGGACUGGGGAGAGUUCCUACAGCACGUCAUCCUCAACCCUGCAGAGAACCUGGGAGAACUGGUCACUUCAUGGAAACACACUCUGGUGUUUGACGUGGGUGAGAGCCGGACCAUGCCCAUGGAGCUGCCCCAGGACGUGUCAGCAGGCUCGGGGCUGUGGAGGAGUUUCGUCCUGGCUGCAGGGCUGGCCGACGCCGUGUCCAGAACACUGACUGCUCCCAUCGACCGCCUCAAGACACAGCUACAGGUGUAUGGAUCCAAGGCAUUCUCUCAGGGAUUCAGAGAGCUAAAGGCAGGUGGUGUGAGGUCUAUGUGGCAGGGAAAUGCUGUGAACGUGCUGAAGGGAACCCCCCAGUCGACUCUACAGUGCCUCAUCUACGCUCAGAUGAAGGUGUACACCCUGGGCUGGCAGCAGGAGAGCGUGUCAGUACGGCAGAGGUUUGGGCUGGGCUGUGUGUCUGGGGCGGUGGCUCACGCCGUCUUCUACCCUCUAGAGGUGCUAAAGGUGAGACUGAACCUAUGGGCAGGCACCUACAGCGGGGUGGUGCAGUGUGCCCGUUCCAUCUACAGGAAUGAAUCUGCUGCAUCCUUCUACAGGGGCUUCGGACCCAGUAUCCUCUGUAUGAUCCCCUACGCUGGGGUGCAGUGUGCUGUUCACCAGUCCAUUAUGAGCUGGGCUAAGACCCACCCGGACUACAGCAGUGACUCCCAGCUCUUCUUCUUCAGUUUGGUGGCCUUCUCUGCUGGACAGAUGAGCAGCUAUCCUCUAGCUGUGAUCAGGACGCAGCAGCAAGCUCAGGCUUUCAGUUCAACUUCACCCACAACUGUUCUUCAGGGGUUCACAGGCAUCUAUGAGAGACAUGGAAUACGAGGAUACUACAAUGGGAUGGGGGCCAGUUUCGUCCGGGCGAUUCCAUGUGCUCUGUUGAACUACACCUUGAUGAAGAAACUCGACACAAUGCUUUCCUGAUUCAGAGUGAUAGUCAAUUAUCAUUUUUUUGUAUGUUUUUGUGAAUGAUUUGAUGUAAUACUCUGUACACAACAACAACCUUAAAACUUGCUGCCUUUGUCAAUAAACUGUCCCAAAAUACUUCAAAUCGCAAUGAACUACCAAAUAGUUAUGUGCAAGGACAUUGCACAGAUCAUACAUAAACAUACUAAAAAAAGGCUUGUUGUUGGAGGACUGAUUGGGGACCAAUCUCCAGCCUGACCAAACCUUUGUUGACCCCUAUAGUCAUUAAAUCAGUGUGAAGUAUC